AAAGGUUUCCUGGUGAAGAAGCCCAUAACAAAGUGUGUAUGUAAUAGCAAAGAAAAGGUCACUUCUGAAAUGUUACCUAUUUUCACCUUCCAGGCUGCAUUGUGUGCACUUGUUAUUCUUGAAGCUCACAGUGAUGUGACAACGAUAGAUGGGAGAGUGUGCGACUAUGUUAUUUUUGACCUUGACUAUCCCCAAUUGGAGGAGCCUUUUCAGAUCAUCUGGCACAAGGGAAAUAUGUCCUCGCAGCGCUGGAUGCAUGGCAACAUCGGGCAUGGCCAGCACAUUCGUGUCUUUCCUAAUGGGACGUUGGGGCUCCGCGUGACUGGGAAAGAGGAUGCAGGAUGGUACACGGCCACGGUGUGCAACAGCUCUCAGCAUUGUCUCUACCAAAGAAAAUUUCAGCUACGUGUGCAUGGGCACCUUGUCAGAGGGCUUGUAGGUGACUGUGUUACUUUUGACCUGAACUGCCUGCAAUCAGCUGGGUACAUCCAUGUCAUCUGGAAGAAAGACAACCAGCGAGUGGCCAAGACAAGACAAGCAGCAAAUGCCCCCACAAUCUACUGCAAAAGAGCCUAUGUGUUCCCCAAUGGCAGCUUGAGCCGUUGCCCCACGCAAUGGGGGGAUGAGGGAGAGUAUGUGGCAGAAGUAUUUGAUGAGGAUGGUGUGCAUUUGUGUCAGGAAACUUUUAACCUGGAACUGAACAGAGUGGAAACAUUUAAAGAAAUCACAGAACUUACUGGUGGAUCACUGUUCUUGAAUCUGACAGAGACAAUGCUGGAACACUUCUUCCAGGUAUUCUGGAAAAAAGAAAACACAGAAAUUGCUUGGACAAAUGGCUCUUGGCUUUGGUACCAUGAGAAAUAUGUUAACAGGUCUGAGAUUGUGUCUAAUUACAGUCUCAGACUAGACAGGAUUCAGGAACAUGACCAUGGCAGAUAUUCUAUAGAAGUGAAUGAUAGAGAUGGGAGAACCAUAUAUGAAUGCAUCGCUUAUGUGAAAGUUGUAUCACCAGGAGUUGUAAUUAUAACUGUCUUGGUUGCGCUGAUAUGGCAUUUUCAGAAGCGCAAAGAUAAGUCAGUUUGGAUCACAGUACCAAGGAUUCGAUAUGCAAGCUUGAUACUUAUAGAUGAGAGAGACAGUCCUGAUGAACGUGAAGAAAGGGAUGAAAACAGUCCUUGUUCACAAAAUGAUGAAAAUCCUAGCGUGCAGGGACUAGAUGGUACGAACUCCACUAAGCAAAGGAGUAAAGAUUUGCUGAGAACCAACAAAGAGGCUAACCCUGCAACAGCUGACAAGGUGACAUAUUUUUCUAUCUUCGAAUUUCAAGAUGGAGAAAGACUGAAGCUGCUAGGGCUCAAAGGUAUGAAAGCUGUAAAGUCUCCUGCUUCAGAUAAUGAAUGUGUGCUGCCCCAGACAUUGAGACCACCACCCAUCCAGAAUUUGAGCACUGCAGUCCUCCAGGAUUUGAGGACUGGCUUCCACCAGGUUUUGAUUGCUCCAUUACCCCAGCAUUUGAUGGCUGUGCCUGCAGAAUUCAAUUACUGCACUCCUCCAGGAUUUGAGAACUUGAAGGACGACUAUGUUAUUUUGUAUAAUUCAGACUAUGUGCCUUCAGGAUCCACAGAGUCUUGGAAAUGUAGUGAAGGAGACAGGUCCUCUCAGUAUGCUUUGUUCAAGAAGAGCACAAGAGGACUCCCAGAAGACAAGUCUGGAGAUUCAGUCUUCGAGGAGAACCCAUGA